UUUGCCGAUAUUAUAAUUUGUCGGUAAAACAGUAACCGCUCGUGUCAAAUUCCCGUUUGAAAAUGAGCGAGCGUGUCUUGAAAAGCCCCUCAAGCGGCAAAAACAGCCCCGCGAAGAGCCCCACAGACAGUGUGAACACCGUCAGCCCCGACGCUAGCGUCAACCGGGGGGCGUCCGGGGGCUUCGUCACCACGCAGUUGGAAACGAACACAGGCUCCAGUUUGCGUAAAAUCUUCCGUUCAAAUGACUCCCUAGCUCGUGAGGACUCCGCCUUUGAACCUUGCGGCGUGAUCAGCAAGGUUCUGGACGAGUGCCCCCCUGCUUGCGACCGCCUUAGGUUCAAGCGCCCCAGCGGGGAGCCCCUCACACCGGCCUUUGCCAUCGCACGCGAAAUCGUCGAGGAGGUGGUGCGGGGGGCCACCAGGGCGAAGCCCCGGCGCAAACUGCGCAAACCCCGCAUGAAAAGUGGGUGGAUGUCGUUGGGGAAUGUUAUUCCAAAUUUCAGUAUCAACGAUAACGUUUUUAAAAAUAUCAUGUUUAAUGAGAAUUUAUUGGUAAGUACGUUCGAGCCGAACUCGCUGUAUCCUACUCCUGUGGGGGCGUUGAGUCUUGAUGUUCAAGAAGCGCGCGGUGGACCGCUCAAGUACCAGAAGAAGAAAACCAAAGGCGAUUUUUUAGUUCCCAAGUUUCUUGUCCAUUUGUCCUCGCAGUUGGACUUUUGUGGACACAAUGGGGGCUCCAGGAUCACGGCGUGGGUCGAUCGGGACUUGCAGACGCUGGAAGAGAAGAGGAGAGAGUACGUCCAAAUGGACGACGGACUCGACCAACAAGCUUUAUACGUCAGCUCGCAAGAAAAUUUCUAUUACUUACGUCACGACAAACGAAAAGACAUAUUCUACAGUCCACACAAAGCGCACAAUUUAAUUUGCGAAGGCGCAAAUUUUGUCUUGAUGCGCUAUUUGGCCCUAACAAAAUUUGUCGGUUUUUUCGAAGUCUCGACCUUGUACAUCAAUGGUAAUUUAUGCCGUAAUAUUUACGAAUGUAAAGGUCCAUCUAGUGGCAUGAUCAACAACAAAAAAGUGGACGUGUGCAAAAUUUAUCGCACGAUAAUUGAAGAAUGUGGCAUUAAACACAAAAGCAUCACUUUAAUGACUUUAACUGGGAAAAUACUCAAACAAGAGUGGUAUUUUUGCAAUUAUAUCCUUCAGUUGAAUCCUCUGACGGAUCUUAGCGCCUUUAACAAGAUACCUUUGGAGAAAAAACCGCUACAGGAUGAUAUCCAGUUACUUUCACUUUAUUUGGACGCGAAAAUGAUGAGUAAAAAACAAAUCGCUAAUUAUUUAGACGACCAGCCAGAAGUGCGUGAAAUGAUCUCAGAUUACGUCCAAACAAUCCUCCAAUUAAAACCAGAGGACGUUUUCCAAUUCACAGCCAAGUAUUUCCUGGCUUUUACGCCGGCCCUUUUGCCACAGAGUGAAUAUUUCGAAGGACCGUUCAAUGUGGACGAUGAUGAAGAUUACGAUUUUUGGAAAUAUAUUUAGUUAUUUGUUGGCUUA